UGGCAUCUCUACUUUUUUAAAAGCUGAGAACCUCUCACAUAAUGUUGAAGUGAGCUCGAUCGUAUAAUAUAGGACUAACUCAUGUUGGUUGUAAUAUUUUUAUGUGUAGCGAUCUUCAGGGUAUUGAUUGAAUUAAGCUCCUGCAUCAACUUCUAAAUCAAGAUCAUCAAUGUCAUCCGCUUUGCAGAAAAGUCUUCUUGCUCUUCUCCUUUUGAUCCUUGCUCUUCAAACAUCUGAUGGGCAAUUUGUGGAAUGGUGCAUUGCUGACGAGCAGACCCCAGAUGACGAGCUGCAGACGGCUCUGGACUGGGCUUGUGGAAAAGGAGGUGCAGACUGCAGCAAAAUACAAGCAGCACACCAGCCUUGUUUCUUACCAAAUACAAUAAGGGACCAUGCCUCUUUUGCGUUCAACAACUAUUACCAGAAGUUCAAGCACAAAGGAGCUACUUGCUAUUUCAACGCUGCUGCAAUGAUCACGGAUCUUGACCCAAGUCAUAAUUCGUGCAAGUUUGAGUAUCUUCCAUGAAUGAUCAUGAUUAAAUUAAAGCAUCGGAAAUUCGCGGUGAUUCAUAAUAUAUAAUUAUUAAUUUAGGUUGCUUUGAUGCUGUGAUAUAUUGAUAAUUAUAACGAUUAAUUAUAUGUUGCAAAAUGUUAUUCCCGAAUUAAUUAAUUAAGUAAUUAAUAGCAUUUGUUUCGUUUGUGCUAA